CACCAUCCUUUCACACCCACACAAAGCAGAGCAAGUGAGCAACCCCUUCCCUCUCUCUCUACCCCAAGAUCCAAGAACACAAGACGAAGGUGAAGAUGAUGCUCCGGCUCGUCCGUGAAGCUAGGAGGGCGGCGGCUUCCUCGGAGUUGGUCGACAGGGCAGGCGCCAGGCGGUGGCUAUCGACGGCAAUGAAGGGAAGGCUGGAGGGAAAGACUGCACUGAUAACCGGAGGAGCAAGUGGGCUCGGUAAGGCCACAGCCCAUGAGUUCAUCCAAGAGGGCGCAUGCGUAGUUCUCGCCGACAUCAAUUCCCAGCUGGGCCUCCAAACAGCCGAGGAACUCGGCCCGCAGGCCCACUUCAUCCACUGCGAUGUCGUCCUCGAGGACAGCGUCGCCGAAGCCGUGGACGCCGCCGUCGCGAUGCACGGCCGGCUCGACGUCAUGUUCAACAGUGCUGGCGUCGUGGGAUCCCUCUCCGGCACGUCGGAGAUGGCAACCCUGGACCUGGACCAGUUCGACGACAUCAUGCGAGUGAACCUGCGCGGCACUCUGGCUGGGAUCAAGCACGCGACGCGCGUCAUGGCGCCGGCGGGCUCCGGCUCCAUACUCUGCAUGGGCAGCAUCAGUGGUAUCAUGGGGAGCCUCGGCUCGUACCCCUACUCGCUUUCCAAGCUCGCCAUCGCCGGCAUCGUCAGGACAGCCGCCGCGGAGCUCGCCCGUCACGGCGUCCGCGUCAACUGCAUUUCGCCACACGCCGUCGCGACGCCGAUGGUGGUGCGGCAGUUCUCGCAGAUGCUCCAGGGCGCCGACGAGGCCACGGUGACGGCCAUCAUCCGGAGCCUCGGCGAGCUCAAGGGCGCCGCGUGCGAGGCGGUGGACGUGGCCAGGGCUGCCGUCUACCUCGCCUCCGACGACGGCAAGUACGUGUCCGGCCAGAACCUGGUUGUGGACGGUGGGUUCACCACCUACAAGUAUAUGAACGUGCCGUUCCCCAAGCCGCAGGAUAGUGAGUGAGUGAGGGCUUUUGUUCUUUGGUGUAGAGGUGUUGUGAUUUUUGUGGUUUCAAGUGUGGAGUGACGAUUAAUCCCAAGUGUCGACUGUUUAUUUAACUGCGGCUCUGUCAUAGAUAUUUUUUCAGACCAA